CAUACAUACGUGUCGUUAACAACAUCGGACUCACUCUCUCUCGGCAUCAUCGAUUCAUUCGCGUUAUCGAGGAUGUAUCUUCUCCGAGCGUUGGGAGACGAAGCGAUAUUGCGGGCGCGCCGCAUCUUUGUCGAGCUGCCGCGCCGAUCGAUCACGAAGAUGUCGGUGCGGCAAGCGUUGAAUGAGGCGCUCGACGAGGAAUUGGCCCGGGACGAGAACGUAUUCAUAUUAGGGGAGGAAGUAGCGCAGUUUGACGGCGCUUACAAGAUAACGCGCGGCCUUUGGAAGAAAUACGGCGACAAGAGAUUGAUCGACACACCGAUAACCGAGGCUGGAUUCUGCGGCAUAGCCGUAGGCGCGGCGCUCAUGGGCUUACGGCCGAUAUGCGAGUUCAUGACCUUCAAUUUCUCCAUGCAAGCCAUCGACCGCGUGGUCAACGGCGCCGCGAAGAAUCUUUACAUGAGCGCCGGAAGAUUUCCGGUCCCCGUCGUGUUCCGCGGGCCGAACGGCAACUCCAAGGGUCUGGCCGCGCAGCACUCCCAGUGCUUCGCCGCGUGGUACAUGAGCGUGCCCGGGCUCAAGGUCGUGUCGCCAUCGACCAGCGAGGAUUACAGGGGCUGCCUGAAAGCUGCUGUGAGAGACCCCGACCCGGUGGUGAUGCUGGAGAGCGAGUUGCUUUACCCCGUCGAGUUCCCCGUAUCCGACGAGGCCCUGGACAAGAACUACGAGAUACCCUUCGGCAAGGCCAAGGUGGAGAAAGCCGGCAAGCACAUCACCUUGGUGACGCACGGCCAGGCGUACGUGUUCACGCUUCAGGCAGCCGAGACACUGGCCGGGCAAGGGAUCGAGGCGGAAGUGGUGAACCUGCGCUCCCUGAGACCCCUGGACUGGGACACCAUCUUCAAGUCGAUCGGCAAGACGCACAGGCUGAUGACCGUCGAGCUGGGCUGGCCUCGUUGCGGCGUCGGCUCCGAAAUCGUCGCUACGGUGAUGGAAAAUCCGGUGUUCUUCCAGUUGGACGCGCCCGCGAUCCGGUGCACCGGAAUCGACGUCCCGAUGCCGUAUUCGGAACCGAUCGAGAACGAGUGCACUCCGAAGGAUCACAACAUAGUCGAAUAUGCUAAGCGCGUUUGCGGCAUGAAAUUUUAACUCCCGCGUAAUCCGCGUUUGUGCUCGUCGACGCAAAUAAAGUCU